ACGCAAUGGAAGAAUUAAGAUUGGGACCAAACGGAGGAAUGAUGUAUUGCAUGGAAUUCUUGGAAAAGAACUUUGAUUGGCUUGAAGAGAAGUUGAAGGCGUUAGGAGACGAUUACAUUCUUUUUGAUUUUCCUGGUCAAGUAGAACUUUUUACACAUCAUAAUUCAGUUAAAGUUAUAAUAGAGAAAUUACAGAAACUCGAUUAUCGGCUGGUCACAGUACAUCUAGUAGAUGCUCAUUAUUGUACAGAUCCAACAAAGUACAUCUCUGUUUUGUUAUUGUCCCUUAAGACAAUGUUACAGAUUGAAUUACCGCAUAUCAAUGUACUUUCAAAAGUUGACUUGAUGGAAUCAUAUGGAAAACUGGCUUUUAACUUGGAAUUCUAUACAGAAGUGCAAGAUUUGUCUUAUUUACUUCAGCACUUAGAUGAGGAUCCGUUUGCCAGUCGAUUUAAGGAAUUAAACAAAGCGCUGUGCGACUUAGUGGAAGAUUUUAGUUUGGUUGGAUUUCAUACUCUUUGCAUUGAGGACAAAAAAUCCGUCUUGAAACUUACGCAAGUAAUAGAUAGAGCAAAUGGUUAUGCAUUUGGUGGAUUAACACAUGGCAACGAAAGUAUUAUGAUGACAGCUAUUAGUGGUGAACCAGGUUUUCAUGAUAUAAUGGAUGUUCAAGAAAGAUG